AUGGGGGCUCUCGCCUGGCGUUGGGCGCUGCGCGCCGCCCGCCUCCCCGUCGGCGGCGGGAGGGCUCUAACGGUGCCGCGGCGCGACCCGGGCUGCAGGCCCGCCGCUUGCGCCGCUCCCUUUGCCGACUCCGCGUCCUCAAGCUCCAGGGAUGAGGCUCUAAGGGACAAACGCGCCCGGAUCCUGUCACGUGGACUGCCGAAACAGAAGCCCAUAGAAGGAGUUAAGCAGGUGGUGGUCUUGGCUUCUGGAAAAGGGGGAGUUGGAAAAUCAACAACAGCAGUAAAUAUAGCCCUCGCCCUAGCAGCAAAUGAUUCGACAAAAGAAGUUGGUUUACUUGAUGCAGACAUCUAUGGACCUUCAAUUCCAAAGAUGAUGAACUUAAAAGGAAACCCAGAAUUAACAUCAAAAAAUCUAAUGAGGCCCCUUAAGAACCAUGGAAUCGCAUGCAUGUCUAUGGGUUUCUUGAUAGAAGAGACUGCCCCGGUUGUGUGGAGAGGGCUCAUGGUAAUGUCAGCUGUUGAGAAAUUGUUGAGACAGGUUGACUGGGGUCAGCUGGACUAUUUAGUAAUUGACAUGCCACCUGGGACUGGAGAUGUACAGCUGUCAGUCUCACAGAAUAUUCCAGUUGCAGGAGCUGUGAUCAUCUCCACUCCGCAAGACGUGGCUUUAUUGGAUGCACGCAAAGGAGCUGAAAUGUUUAGAAAAGUCCAUGUGCCUGUUUUAGGACUGGUUCAAAAUAUGAGUGUGUUCCAAUGUCCCAAAUGUAAGCAUGAGACACACAUUUUCGGAGCUGACGGUGUAAGAGAUCUAGCAAAAACCCUUGGAUUGGAUGUUUUAGGAGACAUUCCACUGCAUGUUAAUAUACGGGAGACGUGUGAUUCAGGACAGCCUGUUGUGAUCUCGCAGCCUCAAAGUGAUGCCGCUAAAGCCUAUCUAAAGAUAGCUAUGGAAAUAGUAAGACGACUGCCAGUACCUCCUGCUUGAAGUGUUUAUCACUGAAACUUACCAAAAAGCGAUCUUUUGGUGCGACCAAUGCAGAAGAGUCCUGCUACCUAAUUAUGUGGAUGCCAUGUUUUAGUUCUAAGAACUUUUUUAGGAGUUAAUUUACCAGAGGUUGACUCAUGAUCGUAAUAUUUACUGUUUUUCAAAUCAUUGUUUGGCCAUGUCCAAAUGGAUUGAAGUAUGCAAAAGAUGAUAGACAAUAUUUAACUGCUGGAUUGUAACAUCAUCAAGCAAGAAGGAUUGAAGUACAUUGUUCACACGUGUCCUGUUUUGAGGUCAAGAAUGAAAAACAGCCUGUGGUGGGUUGACGCUGGCUGGACGCCAGGUGCCCACCAAAGCCGCUCUAUCACUCCCCCUCCUCAGCUGGACAGGGGAGAGAAAAUGUAAUGAAAGGCUCAUGGGUCGAGAUAAGGACAGGGAGGUCACUCAGCAAUUACCGUCACAAGCAAAACAGACUCGACUUGGGGAAAAAUUAAUUUAAUUUAUUACCAGUCAAAUCAGAGUGGGAUAACAAGAAAUAAAACCAAAUCUUAAAAACACCUUCCCCCCACCCCUCCCUUCUUCCCGGGCUUAACUUCACUCCCGAUUUUCCCUACCUUCUCCCCGCCAGCAGCGCAGGGGGAUGGGGAAUGGGGGUUGUGGUCAGUUCAUCACACGUUGUCUCUGCCGCUCCUUCCUCCUCAGGGGGAGGACUCCUCACACUCUUCCCCUGCUCCAGUGUGGGGUCCCUCCCACAGGAGAUAGUCCUCCACGAACUUCUCCAACGUGGGUCCUUCCCACGGGCUGCAGUUCUUCAUGAACUGCUUCAGUGUGGGUCCCUUCCACGGG